UCUUGCAGUCCUAUGAAGAUGAUGCUGGUGGGGAUUUUAUGGUUGGCUCGUUCCAAGAUUUUGGAUAUGGUACAGUUGAUCAGGAGAAUGAAGCUACAGCUUCAAGUUCAGAUGAAAAACCACGGAUUCUGUUGAUGGGCCUUCGAAGAAGUGGCAAGUCCUCCAUACAAAAAGUUGUGUUUCAUAAAGUAUCCCCAAAUGAAACCCUGUUCCUUGAAAGCACUAACAAAAUAGUCAAAGAUGAUAUUUCUAACAGUUCAUUUGUCCAAUUCCAAGUAUGGGAUUUGCCUGGUCACAUAGAUUUCUUUGAUACUCUAUUUGAUGUCGACAAAAUAUUUCGUGGUUGUGGUGCCUUGAUUUUUGUCAUUGAUGCACAAGAUGAAUAUGUGGAGGCGCUAGACAAACUAAAUAUGACAGUGACCCGGGCACAUAAAAUUAACCCUGAAAUCAAGUUUGAGGUAUUCAUUCAUAAAGUGGAUAGCUUGUCUGAUGAUCAAAAGAUAGAAUCUCAGCGAGAUAUUCACCAGAGGGCUAAUGAUGAUCUUGUUGAUGCUGGAUUUGAAGGGAUCUACCUGAGUUUCUAUCUGACCAGUAUCUAUGACCACUCUAUAUUUGAAGCAUUCAGCAAAGUGGUCCAGAAACUGAUACCUCAGCUACCUACAUUGGAAAACCUUCUGAACAUGCUCAUCUCUAAUUCUGGUAUUGAAAAAGCCUUCUUGUUUGAUGUUGUCAGCAAAAUUUACAUUGCCACUGACAGCUCACCUGUUGACAUGCAGUCCUAUGAAUUGUGUUGUGAUAUGAUAGAUGUGGUCUUAGAUAUCUCCUGUAUCUAUGGGUUACAGGAUGAUAAUGAACUGAAUGCAUUUGAUGAUGAGUCUGCAUCAAUCAUCAAACUAAACAACACAACAGUCUUAUACCUUCGGGAAGUCAAUAGAUAUUUGGCUCUUGUUUGCAUUUUACGUGAGGAUAACUUCAUUAAACAAGGUAUAAUUAACUACAACUUUCUCUGCUUCCGCAAAGCUAUCCAAGAAGUGUUUGAAGUGCGGCAAAAGAUGUUGGCCUCCAAGACUGAGAAUGGUACUGACCAUCAGGUGCUCAAUGGCAUUGCUGUUAACAAAGAUGAAUGAAUUGAAGUGAUGUUUCCUGCCUGUGAUCUUUCUACAGAUUGACUGGUGUUCUGUGCUGAGACUGCCUUCCUCAUCUUAUGAUAAAUUUUCCAUCUUUUGCUUUCUGCAACUGUUUCUCUCUUUUUCUCUCUUUCUUCCCCUCUCUCUCUCUCAUUAGAAUUAAUUUAGUAAUUAAUUACUAUACUUUGUUUUGUUAUUCUUUAAUCUUGUAGCUUAUACACUCAACAUUCUAAUAUGUAUGUGCAGUAUACAAAGCUGAAAUAUUGUUUGUGUAUGUAUAUGAUUGGCUCUGCCGUUCGUUGCCUGUGUGUGUGUGUGUGUGUGUGUGUGUGUGUGCGCGUGCCUUUUUAGUGUUUUUAUUUAGGUGUGCAUACAUUUAUGGGUGCUGUGUGAAUGUGUGUAUAUAAAUUCUUGGCAUAGGUAUCAUACUCUUUUCUCACUUCUUUCUCUCCCUAUCUCUCUCUCUUACACACACACACUCACACGAACACACAGAUGUUCAAUGCAUGUCCUUUGUCUGUUCACCCUCUGUCUGCAUGUGUUCUUGGUUCCUUGAUGGGAACAACACAUUAUCACACCUUAUUAAUGCUCAACCUCUUGUUGUUGUGGUUGCCCUAACAGAAGUUCAGUGUUGUAAUUUUGAGCUGAGAUACCAGAAUGGCUUCAGCUCAAUUUAACAUAAGAUUUGAAACUUUUGGGGAGAACUUGGCCAUAGGAACAGUGCCUCGGGUAAGUUUGGUAGUGUAAUUUGCUUUCCAUUUGGAAUAUGGUUCCAUCUUGAAAAUACUGCUCCAUUAGAACCCUCAACCUCCUGUCAGUUUCUCCUUCAAAUAUCUUUUACUAUCUUCCCCUGUUCAAAGAAAAAAAAAAAAUUGCCAUACUUGAAUGAAUGGCUUUUACAGAUGGUCGGUCUGUCUCUUUAUAUAUAGAAUCAUACCCACUAUUCAGCUGUCUAACUAUUAUUUGAUUAAAGUAUAUUGUUUUAAUAAAUUGUUCCUUAUUGGUCAUACCUGUAGUAUGGUCACACUUGAAGUGUUUUCACAUCUGCAGUGCUUUCAUCCUUUACCAGAUACCAAUUAACAUUACAUUAACUUACUAGUCUACUUAAGUUGCAGAAAUGCUAGCAACCAUUUAUAUUUACAUGUGUGCAUAUAUGCAACACUAAAAUGUGCUUGCUUACAAUUUGCACAUGUAUUUCUUUGUUUUGAUCUUUUUAUCUAUGUAAACAUUUGAUGUAUAUGGUGUUAAUUUCUAUUUAUUUUCCUCUUCCCCUUUCUUUUGAGCUGGCAGAAUUGUUAGUAUCAGUAAAAAUGCUUUGUAGUAUUUGUGCUGACUCUACAGUCUCAGUUCAAAUCCCACUGAGGUCAACUUUGCCUUUCCUCCAAUUGGGGGUCAAUAAAAUAAAGUACCAAUAAAGUAUUGGUGUUGACUGUAUUAACUAAAUUCCCUUCACCUCAAAAUCGUUGGCCUUGUACCUAAAUCAGAUACCAAUGUUAUUAUUUUUAUUAAAAUGUUGUGUGAGAAUCACUGUACAAAA